AUGACUGAAGCAACUAUUCAUUUACCCACCCAGAACCACACAGCCACUGUUAUUUGGCUUCACGGUGCUGGAGACUGCGGUGAGAGCUGGCUAUUACUUUCAAAUGAACUUAGUGCAAAAUUUCCUCAUGUAAAGUGGAUCUUCCCGAAUGCUCCCUUAAGACCUCUUACGUGUUAUGACGGAGCAGAAAUGCCAGCCUGGUUCGAUAUUGUCAGUUUUGUGAGUGAAAAAGCCCAUGCUGAAACAGACACAGCUAGUAUGAAGGCUUCUGUGGCAAGAGUAAACACAUUGAUUGAAAAUGAGAUCAAGUCUGGAAUUCCCGUUCAACGCAUUAUUUUAGGAGGGUUCUCACAGGGUUGUGUGAUAUCUCUACUCACAACUAUACUCACUACACAUGAUCUUGGAGGGACCAUUGGCUGUAGUGGUUUUAUCCCUUCACAAAAGCAUGUCAGUGUGCUUGGACAGCCAAUCAAAAAAGAUACCCCUCUGUUGGUGUUGCAUGGCGACAAAGAUAUUGUUGUUCCUGUCCAGUAUGGCAGAAUAGCCGUUCACCAAUUGGAGAAAAUGGGAUAUAAUAUUGCUUUUUACGAGUAUCCUGGACUGGCUCAUUCAUUUGAAGAGGAGCAGCUCUUACAAGUAGCAAAGUUCUUAAAAGAGCAUAUCCCAACAUUAUCUGCUAAACUGUAG